AUGCCGCACUUUGAACCUGUGCUCACGACGAGGCAAGCGGUUCCGUACCGAAUCAAACUGCGAUCGAAAGCGUGGCAUGCGAGCGUCGCCAGCUCUGUACCAGGUCAUAAAAAACCACACCGGCCCAACCAAUCGUCCAGCGCGUUGACAAUACUUCCCAAGAUCCACCACCGAAGCUAA